GAAGCCCGAGCUCACUUUCACAGCUGGAUCUGCAUAUCCAGAGCAAGGUGCCCACCUAGUUGAAGCCAUGAGGAUCCACGGCCUCACUCUGCUCUCCAUCCUCCUGUUGGCUGCUCAGGUGCUCUCAGAAAAGGUCAGAAGUGGAGCAAAGAGCAUACAACGUAGCAAACCGGAUGAGGAUCUGUCUGCCCCUCUGGGUAAGGCCCAGAAUAAGCAGAGAAGCAAGACAUCCAAGUCCAUGACCAAUGGCAAGUUUGUCACCAAAGACCUAACAACCUGCAAAUGGGCUGUGAUCAAGCAGGAGCUGGGCAUCACUCUCAAAGUUGAGUGCACUAAUCAGGAGCACCAGUUUUCCUGUGUCUUUGCUGGUGACCCAAGUGAAUGCCUGAAGCACAACCAAGACAGGGUUUACUGGAAACAAAUUGCCCGGAUGCUGCGCAAACAGAAGAACAUCUGUGGGAGUUCCAAGAGUGUCCUGAAGACCAGAGUAUGCAAAAAGCAGUUUCCAGAGUCAAAUCUCAAGCUAGCCACCCCCAAUUCACUGGGGAACAUGAAGCCCGAGAUGGAGGAAGCAGAGCUGACCUCCCAGACCCAAGAGUCUUCCAGUGAAGUCAAAGAGAGCACCUCCAGCCCAGCGGUGACCCAGCCUGUGGCCAUCAAAGACCCAGAGUGUGUGGAUGACCCAGAUGUGGCAAACCAAAGGAAGACUGCCCUGGAGUUCUGUGGGGAGUCCUGGAGCUCCUUCUGCUCAUUCCUCCUCAACAUGUUACAGGCCACAUCAUGCUAAUGAUCCAAAAGAAAAGUCCCACUAAGAUAUGUGGUGUUACAACCCCACUGGAUGCUGUAACGCUCUCCAG